AUGGCGGUAGAGAAUGUAAUAUAUUCUCAUAAGGCAGGGCCUCGGGUGGGAAAUCAUGAGCAGGAUGCGAGAUCACCUGAGCAAGAUAACCUCAAGCAACUCACCGCCCAACCCGCAAUCAAGCACCUUAAAUCUUUUCCAGCAAUGGAGAACUCAGGCCAAUUACGAACACCUUCACCGAGCCCUUCUCCACGUGGCUCAUCACCGUCACAGGUUGCUGUGGACGAGUCGCUCUCUGGGAAUGUUGAAAAGGCCCCAUCUGUGCAAACUGGCAAUCAGAUUUCCGAGUCAUUCCAUCAAUUUGGGAAUCUUCCUUCUCUUGCAGAGAAUUAUGGAACAGGUGGAACAACUCCGCCGCCUCCCAUUCCAAAAGAUUCGCCUUCCUCCCAUGAACUUGAUGACAUUCCAGAAGAAGUCAAAAGUCAUCGGAAAUUGUCCUUGAAGGAUGCUGGGGAAGAAAAGGUUCUUAAAUUAUCAGCUGCUGAGAUGACUGAGUUAACCUCAGCUCCCGAAUCCCUCCCAAUUAUCUCGCCCAAAAAAAUAUUGACUCCCAAUAUCAAUCAAGGCGGUGCCCAAGGACGGGGCCGUAAAAGAUCCGGCUCUGACGUACCUCGCAUGGAUCUUGACGAUCAACCGCCUGAAUCGACAGAUCCUCGCAAGUUUGAUACUCCAGAAUCUGUGAGGUUCACUUCAGAUAUCAAUGGCGAUGGCCGACAAUACCCAGAGGAAACUCCAACCAGUGCUGGCACUAAACGACCCACAAUAUCGUCUUCUUCCCGUGCCUUUAGUGCCCAACCGGCUACAAGUCAAUGGCCGUCAUACUCCAAACCAAAUGCAGUCCCAAUAUCUCCCAAACGCAGACCAUUCCCUAUCGGGCGCGGAACAGAACCAUUAAACCUCAACCUUGAAGGCUUGAAGUCGCCCGUCAUGGCUAAUGGGGCGAGCAAAUCUUCACAAUUACCAGAUAUACCACCACCGUCGCCAAUACCUCAGUCAAUUCCUCUCCCUCCAAUGUCGAUUCCUACUUAUCUGCAGCUUGAGCUUUCCGCAACAAGGCCAUCGCCAUUGUAUAUUUAUCGUUCGGCUUCCACUGAAUUUCCUUAUGAAUCAUCGAAAGUUAAAUUUGAGCGUUUAUUGAAUUUUUUGUUAUUACCACCACAACUGGAGCAAGUUCUAUAUUUUGGAUCUUUGGCAUGUCUUGACGCCUGGCUUUAUACCUUUACAAUCUUGCCAUUGCGAUUUUUCAAAGCUUUAGGUAUUCUUAUUUCGUGGUGGGGUCAUGUGCUAGCCAAGGAAUGUCGCUUCAUUACUGGUUUUGUCUAUCAUGGCACAAGCCGCAUGUGGCAGCGACGAAAUGAACGUCGUAACGCCGAAUCUCUUUCGCCCACAAGGAGUAUGUCACGUCCAAGCAGGCCUUCGAUGUCGGCAACAACCUCGUAUCAAUCUCAAGCUGGGAGACCGACUGAAGCUUUCAGGCGUAGCGGGACUACUGAAACUACUCCUAGGCUAAAUGGCGAGCGUAGAUCGAGACAAGGUUGGGGUCGUCGCCAUCGCCGCAUGAAAUCUCAACCUUCCUCAUUAUCCUCGUACAACAAGGCCGAUCUCUUACAAGGAGCUGUCAUAAUUUUCAGUUCCUUCUUCCUAAUGAAGUUGGAUGCGAGUAGAAUGUAUCAUAGUAUUAGAGCGCAAUCAGCCAUUAGACUUUAUGUUAUAUAUAAUCUUUUAGAGGUCUUCGAUCGACUUGCGUCAGCCCUAGGUCAAGACAUUUUUGAAUGCCUAUUUUCUGACGAAACGCUAGAACGAGAUAGUGAUGGUAGAAGUAAAGUAUUACGACCUCUUGGAAUGUUCGUGCUUGCUCUCAUAUACAAUGUCGUUCAUGCAGCAGCAUUAUUCACCCAGGUCGUCACCUUGAAUGUUGCUGUGAACUCUUACUCGAAUGCUCUUAUUACACUAUUGUUGUCGAAUCAAUUUGUGGAAGUCAAAGGAACUGUGUUUAAGAAGUUCGAAAAAGACAAUCUCUUCCAACUCACGUGUGCCGAUGUUGUGGAGCGAUUCCAACUUUGGCUUAUGCUCAUGAUUAUCGCAUUACGAAAUAUUGUUGAGAUGGGUGGAUUUAGCAGCAUGGCGUCGUCUGCGUCAGAAGCAACUAGUCCGUUACGUACGAGCUCAAUGCUUCCAAACAGCUUUACCAUUCUUCCAGGUUGGUCGGGCGAGGUUUUUUCGCCGUUCUUCAUAGUGAUAGGUAGUGAGAUGUUGGUAGAUUGGAUCAAACAUGCAUACAUCAGCAAGUUCAAUGGUGUCAAGCCAGCAAUCUAUCAACGAUUCCUCGACGUAUUGGCCAAGGAUUAUUACACAAAUGCUUUUGUUAAUCAAAAUCUUCUUAAACGUCUGGGUCUUCCUGUGAUCCCACUUUCGUGUCUUUUUAUCCGAGCUGCAUUCCAAACGUAUCACAUGUUUCUCGCCACUCAUCUUCCUCCCCCACUUCCAUCAGCUACAACAUCUUUAUCUGUUGAAUCCUCUCCAGCCACAACAGCAGCCUUCGAACAUUUUGAUACCAUUGUCCGCAAAGCCCUCGGUCGUUCAACAUUCGGCUUGCCAAACCCAGACUCCAUUACGCCAUGGUAUCUCCCCAGCACCGAUGAUGUAAUCGCAUCACUAACGAUGAUUGUCUUCUUCCUCGGUGCAUUCUUUGUCCUUCUCGCCUGCAAACUCGUGCUCGGCAUGCUUUUACUAAAAUUCGCACGCAAUCGUUAUCAGACCAUGAAGAUGCGCGAACAUGGAAGCUACGAGACGGGUGGAAAGAGAGUCGGUGGUUGGGGCAUGAUAGAAUUGAAUGAUGAUAAAAAGCGGUGGAUUUAUGAUGAUGAUCCUGAGACACUGAAGAAAUUGAAGGAAAAGGAAAGAUCUGCGAGAGAUAAGGAGAAGGUCGGGGCGGUGCAUGAUUUUUCCAAGAUUAGUAGGUAUGAGAUGGCCGCGAAGAGGAUAUGGUGA